AACCAGGCCUUCAAAUAUCAUCCUUCAGGCUAGUUUUCGCACAUUCGCGCUUUCUGUAAGUUCUUGUUGGAACUACAAUUUCUAUGAUGAUGGCAGAUAAAGGAAAAAAACAAAGUAAAGGGAUGAGCAGUAACGAAGGAGGGACUGUGUUUGAUCCAUUGCCGCAUUCAGAUUGCUACAAAAAACCAUGGGAAGCAUUAGGCGCCUGGUUCCUUGGACCUCGCGCGGAGAACAGAGAGGUUUUCUCUCGUCUCACAACGCAAAUCAUCAAUUGGUAUUCGGAUUGUCGUGAGGGAUACUAUCCCGGCGAUCCUUGCUAUAUUGAUAACAACGUGAAAGCCUCCAAAGCUUAUUGCAGCGAAAUUGAGGACACAGAAAAUCAACUGAAAGUUAUGCAUGAUGAACUGACAGAUUCAAUUCCCUUCUUCAGUACCAGAUAUCAGGGACAUAUGACGUGGGAAAACACAAUGCCAUCCAUGCUUGGUUAUUUCUCUGGCAUGCUUUGGAAUCAAAACAAUGUAGAUUCUACAGCAUCUCCUGUUACAACCAAAAUGGAGAUUGAUGUGGGACAACAUUUAUGUCAGCUCAUGAACUUCGACAACAAUAGGGAAGUUAGUCCCUGGGGACAUAUUACAGGUUGCGGUUCUGUUGCUAAUCUAGAGGCUCUGUGGGCAGCUAGAAAUUUAAAAUUUCAUCCAUUAGCGGUGCAGGCUGUUGUGACUGGAGACAAUGCUGGACCAUUUGCCGCUGCUGCAAAUACUCCUGUAUAUGUUCCAGGGGAGGACUCGUAUGUCAAACUAAGUAAAUGCACAAAGUGGCAACUACUCAAUCUUGAUGUCGACACUGUUUGUAAUUUAUCAGGAAAAGUUUGUGCAGAAGCUGGAUUGACAGAUAACACAUUGUUAGAUGAGAAGUUAAAAACCGAAUCAGUUAUCAAUAUAGGUAUGGCUAAAUUUUUACAAAAGCAUGGCAUAUCAGAGGUGCCAGUAGUGUGCUCUCCAGGAACAAAUCAUUAUUCUUGGCCUAAAUCGGCAACUGUACUUGGAAUUGGUGAUCAAAAUGUUUUGGCUGUGAAUGUUGAUGGAAAUGCUAGACAAAGCAUAUCAGAAUUGGAAAAAAAGCUUGAUGAAUGUUUGGAUAAGAAACAGGCCGUCUUUAUGGUGGUUGCUGUCAUUGGAACUACAGAAGAGGGAGCCAUUGAUCCGCUGGAAGAAAUUGUAACGUUGAGAAAUACGUAUCGAUCGUCGGGUUUGAACUUCGCCAUUCACGCUGAUGCUGCGUGGGGAGGAUAUUUGUUAACUAUGAUUCAACCUCCUUCAGCAGAAAGAAGAGCUGCUUGCAAAGAACGUGGAGAGGCUUACGUGCCAAUAAUACCUCUGUCUGAGCAUUCAAAGAAACAGUAUCAAGCCAUCAAACAUGCAGACACAGUAACCAUUGAUCCACAUAAAGCUGGUCUCUGUUUAUACCCAGCUGGAGCACUUUGCUAUAGAAAUGGAACAAUGAAAGGUUUUAUCACCUUGGCAGCUCCUGAAGUAUUUCAUGGAGAGAACGACAUGACAGUUGGUGUUUAUGGGUUAGAAGGAUCAAAACCUGGAGCAGCUGCAGCCGGAGUCCUGUUGUCUCAUAGGGUUAUUGGACUCGAUCAAUAUGGGUAUGGCAGAAUUUUGGGACAAUGCCAACUUGGAUCGAAAUUAUUUUACUGCAUGUGGAUGACAGUUGCUCAGGAUUAUGAUGAUUGGGUGUGUGUCAAUUUCAUCGAUCUUCCAAAAUUACCGGACGGCUUUCCACAAUCAGAAAACGAGCAAAAGAAAUUUAUUCGAGAAAGAAUAUUGGGAAAAGACAAUGAAAUAUUAGCGAAGGACGAAGAAGCGAUGAAGUUUUUGUCUAUUGUUGGUCCAGACGCAUUGAUUAAUUCCUUUGUUGUAAAUUUGGUCGGAAACUCCACUAACUUGGAAGCCACCAACCAACUUCAGAAAGAUAUUUUUGACGAAACAAACGUGACUGUUGGCCAACAUGCUAAAAGAGUACCAAUUUUCUUAACCACUUCAAUUAUUGAUCCUGCUAAGUACGGAGCAGCCGCUGAUCAAUUAAAAGAAAGAUUAAAUAUAUCAGCUGAAGGAGAGCUAGGUUUUCUACGAAACACUUGCAUUAGUCCGUUUCAAGCCAAUGAUCUUAAUAUAACAGCAUUUGGCAAGCUCUUUAGAAAUGUUGUCAUGAAUUGUAUUGGCGGUCUAAAAGUGGAAGGUUUCGGUGACCCUGAAGUUCAUAUCACCUUUGCUUGUGCUAGUAAAAUGAACAAACAUGGAAAGAUCUUCUUAGAUCACAUACCAUCCUUUUCUGUUCCUGGCAAACAAUAUCACGUGGUUUUGUCUAUGCUGGCCCCCACCGAUGCAGAUCGUGACCGACUUAGAAAUGCUCAAAAACUUGAUCACUCCACCUUCUUCCUUAAAACAAAAGGCAAAACAACAAUGAAACAGUUUCUAAGAGGCAAAAUGACCUUCAUAAUGGAAGUUUACAAAGAUGCAGAAAAUACCACAGAAAAGCUAUUUGAUGUAGCCAUGCAAGUGGAUGAAGUGUUUAGAUACAAUCAUUUGGAAAGUUUGGAAGCCAGUAAACACAUUGAGUAUCCUGAGCAUCAAACCUACUUUUUGUAUGGUGAUACAAAGCGAGCAUUCAUUUCACAUGUGCCUACCAAAUUCCCCGACUUUCAUCAGGUUGUCAAACUUGACGAAAUCCCACACAGUGUUACACCAGAAAUGUUAGAUCUUGGCGUGAUCAUCACCAUUCCUGAAAUACCUGGGCGACCAUUAGAGAUUAAUGGGUCUAUUGUUGACCCGUUACAGGGAGACGGUUACCCUGUUUCAUUCAUGGGCGUGCAAUAUAAAGAAUGUCGAACAGCCAUUAAAUUUUUUAAAAAAAAUGCGAAAAAGCAUUUUGACGGCAAAAUCUAAUUAGCAUACUCGAUUUUUUUAACAUUAUUUUAGAUUAUAUUAACUCUUUGUUUUUGAUGUAGUAGAAGUUUUUUGUUAAGAAUUCUCCUUUACCAUUCUGUAAUGUGCAAACACUAUAUUAUAUUGUAGUUGCUGCGACAAGAUGAUAAGAUUAGUUUUUGCGUUUUAGUAAAGUGUAGUUUAAAGAAGAAGAGUUUAAAAAAGCAAUGGGGAUGUUUAAAAAUACUGUUGUAAUUUCCAUUUUCAUAUUUUUAUACGUUAUUAUUUCACAACAAUAUAGUUAUAUAACAUA